UCUUGAGGGGUAGUUGAACUUUAAUGAAAUAUACUCAAGCAAAACAUUAGUCCAACAAUAUGUAUGUUGACAUGAAUACCAAAACCAUCAGGGAGUGGACGUGCUUUCACUCUUCUUCCUUGACUUGACAACAUAUCAAGGCUGAUGUUCGUACAACACCACGACCUUUUCUGAUGGCUGAUGUUCCACAAGUAAUCUGAGUCGUGAUUUGGUUUGGUAAUGUUAAAAUCCUGAUGUCAGAUUUCUAAUCAUGGCAAAUUGAACGUUUUUUUAAUCAUGGCAGCGUGUUUUCAUUUAUGUUUUGGUUGGGAUGAGAAAUGGGGAGGUGCUUAUUAUAGGCGGCCGGAGAGCGGCGUUGCAUCCUGAAAAAGCUCAUGGCCGCUCGAAUUAAGGAGGAGGCAGGCAGGCAGACGUAGGUAACAAUGGCGACCUCACAUCUCUAAUACGCAUGGACAGGACAAGCUUAAGGUAGGGGCCGGGAGAAGAUGCAGCAUGUCGAUCCAUCAAUAGCAGCUAGCUAUUACUAACUAGCAAAACAAAUUUACAAAGGUCGAUCAAUGACCAAGAUGCACGGCCAUUACGUCGCCGCCGCCUUCGCCGCCGUGGUGGUGGUGCUCCUCCUCCCCGGCUGCCUCGAUGCCUACCCGGACCCGGAUGAGGUAGUCGUCGUCGACGUGGGGGCGCUGGAGGAGGGCAGCAGCUGCUACUUCCCGAUGACGGCGCCGGUGGUGCCGGAGUCCCCCGAGGCGCGCCGCGAGCACUACCGAGCCAUUGCGGCCAAGGACCUGGCUCGGCACCGGCGGAUGGCCAGGAGGAGGCAGCUGGCGGCGUCGGGCAUGCCGGAUCUUUUGGCGGCCACGAGCGGGAGCGGGAGCGGCACGCCCCUGUCCACGUUCGAGCUGCCGAUGCAGAGCGCCCUGGACUCGAUGGACGUGGGCAUGUACCUGGUGACGGUGCACUUCGGCACGCCGGCGGUGGCCUUCAGCAUGGCCCUGGACACCGCCAACGACCUGACCUGGCUCAACUGCCGCCUCCGCGGCCACCGGCGGCACAGGGACAGGGGCAACGCCAACGCCAAGACCAUGUCCCUGGAGCAGGCGCUGGAGCCACCCUUGGUGAAGAAGACCUGGUACCGUCCGGCGCGGUCGUCGUCGUGGCGGCGGUACCGGUGCUCCAUGCGGGACAGCUGCGCCCGUUUCCCGCACGUUGCGUGCAAGACGCCCAACCACAACGAGUCGUGCAGCUACCACCAGCAGCUGCAGGACGGCACGAAUACCCGCGGCAUCUUCGGGCGCGAGACGGCGACGGUGGCGGUGUCGGGCGGGAGGCAGGCGCGGCUGCCGGGGCUGGUGCUGGGGUGCUCCACGUUCGAGGCCGGCGGGACCGUGGACGCGCACGACGGCGUGCUCACGCUGGGCAACGCCAACGUGUCCUUCAGCAAGAUCGCCGGGAAGAGCUUCCAGGGCCUCUUCUCCUUCUGCCUGCUGGCCACGCACAGCGGCCGCGACGCCUUCAGCUACCUCACCUUCGGGCCCAACCCGGCCAUGGUGGCCGGCGCCGGGUUCGGCGAGACAGACAUCGUGUACAUGCAGAACGAACCGUCCAUGGGCGUGCAAGUCACGGGCGUCUUCGUCAACGGGCAGCGCCUCAACAUCCCGCCGGAGGUGUGGAACUACCGCGUUCACGGCGGGCUCAACCUGGACACGGGCACCUCCGUGUCGUCGCUGCUGGAGCCGGCGUACGGCACGGUCACGCGAGCGCUGGCGAGCCUCCUAGACCCAAAGCUGGAGAAGGCGGCGGAGGAGGUGAUCCCGUUCGAGCACUGCUACAAGUGGGACGGCAAGAACCCGGCGCCGGAAGCCAUUGUGCCAAAGGUGGAGCUGGUGUUGAUGGGCGGCGCGAGGCUGGAGCCGAGCCCCAAAGGCGUGCUCAUGCCGGAGGUGGUGCCCGGGAUCGCCUGCAUCGGCUUCUUUAAACGGGAGGCGGGGCCCAACAUCCUCGGCAACGUGCACAUGCAAGAGCACAUCUGGGAGUUCGACGACGUCAAGGGCAAGCUCCGGUUCAAGAAGGACAAGUGCACCACCCACAUUAAUAUUUCUCCUCCUAAUGCUAAUCCCAAACCCAAUCCCAAUCCCACCAACAACUAAUCAAAAACCAUCUUCUCUGUAUGUAUGUAUUCAUGUAUCAUAUCAUUCAUCUCUCAUCUGUAUGUAUGUAUGUAUGUAAUCCGAAAACCAAAUCUUUUCUGAAUCCAUUCCCCCUCUCCCUCGGCAUCCCUAGCUGGUGCAGAGUCCGGAACAACUGAAAUAUUCUUUCAAUUUUUAAGAUAAAACUUAAUUUGUA